UUCUAGCUCUUAGUUUAUCAUCUUCCACAAUAUUUCCUCACACUCUCACUCCUCCCUCCUCCUCCACCUCUUUCCUUCUCCUCCUCUCUACCACCACCCUCCACCCACCACCCUCCACCCUUCUUCGAUAUCGAUAGUAAUUUCUGCUAAAGCAAUUAUAGCAAUCGUUACACGAAUUGAUUAUGUACUUUCUAUCAUCUUAAGUUUCGAAUUCUCCUUACGUUGCUCGAUCUUUUCAACCCUGUCCAACCUCUACCAAAAUAAGAAAAACAAAUUACCCUAUCAAAUAUUUUUAUUUAUUUUUUUAUUAAAAAAAUGAUGAUAGGAAAGAGGGCAAGGCCACCAAUUAUCAAGAGAACAACAAGUAUGACAGAAUUCACCUUAGAUCCUACCCUUAAUUAUCAACUUGAUCAUCAUACUCCACGAUCUAACGGUCAAGAUCAAACCGUGUUAUUAACUCGUAGAAAAUCAGCUGAUUUUAUUGAAUCUUCUCAUUUUCUUAGAGCUUGCUCCCUCUGCGAACGCCACUUAAUCUCCGGCCAUGAUAUCUAUAUGUACAGAGGAGAUAGUGCUUUUUGCAGCCUAGACUGUAGAGAAAAGCAAAUGAAUCAAGAUGCAAGAAAAGAAAAGUGUACUUCAAGUGCUACAACUAGGAAAAAAUCUACAAAUUCUGUCCCUUCUGGGGCAAGCGGAACGGGGUCCACCGUUCCGCUGCCACAGGCUAGGCCAUAAUCACCACGUGGAUUGUAUCGUUGUUGAGAUCAAUUAGAAGGGAAAAAAGAAUACAAAUAUAAAAUCUAUAUAUAUGUAUAUAAAUGCAUGUGGGACUAAGAUGAUAUAUAAAUAUGUAAAUAUUUUUCUAUCAAAUUUCAUGAUUUUGGUGCGUGGUCAAUUUUUGUAAGUUUUUCAUUUUAACGGAGGAUUGACCCAGUUUUAAUUUU